AUGGGGGCUGGCUCAUCUAGUUUGGCCAUGGAAGGUGAGGGUGGUUCAGGUUCUUCUCCAUUAAGACCUAAUCUUGAUGAUGUCCCGGAAAGUUGUGUUUCUUCGAUUUUUAUGUACUUGGAUCCUCCUGAGAUUUGCAAACUAGCCAAGUUGAACAAGACUUUUCGUGGUGCUUCUAUGGCUGAUUUUGUGUGGGAAACAAAGCUUCCAUCAAACUAUAAGUUUCUUGUAGAGAAAGUUUUAGGUCAAAGUCCAGAGAGUUUGAGCAAGAAAGAGAUCUAUGCAAGAUUGUGUCAACCUAAUUGCUUUGAUAAUGGCACCAAGCAAGUUUGGUUGGAUAAAAGCAGCGGCAAGAUUUGUGUUGCUGUUUCUUAUAAGGCAUUAAGGAUAACUGGGAUAGAUGAUCGAAGAUAUUGGAAUCAUAUUUCAUCUGAGGAAUCAAGGUUCAACACAAUUGCAUAUCUUCAACAAAUAUGGUGGUUUGAAGUAGUGGGAGAACUGGAUUUUGAAUUUCCAGCAGGAACAUAUAGCCUAAUCUUCAGGCUCCAACUAGGAAAAACCUCGAAAAAGUUCGGCCGACGAGCCUGUAACGUCGAUCAAGUUCACGGGUGGGACAUCAAGCCGGUCCGAUUCCAGCUUUCGACGUCGAACGGCCAACAAGCCUCAUCGGAAUAUUACUUGCAUCCACAAGGAAACUGGGGGCUUUACCAUGUUGGUGAUUUUGUUGUUGACAACACAAAUACCCAAAUGAAGCUGAAAUUUUCCAUGAUGCAGAUUGAUUGUACACAUACUAAAGGUGGAGUGUGCUUAGAUUCUGUGUUAAUAUGUCCUGGUGAGUUCAGAGAAAAAUUGGAGCAAUUUUAA